GGGGCUGAAAUCCGCAUUGGUAACUCACUGGAGAACAAUGGAAACAACAAUCCCAGAUGUGCUGUCAUAACUGUGAGCAGUGACGUUACCAUGACCUUCAACUGCAGCCAGAUGAGAGGACGUUACGUCAACAUUUUUUACCCUGGAGAAAGAACGCUUCAGCUUUGUGAGCUCAAAGUGUUCGCUACUACCCGCGUCACAGGAGAUAAUGUAGCACUGAGAGGAGUAGCGACGCAGUCUGCAGAACCAACUUCUGCAGGAAGUACUCCAGAUAAGGCAAUUGACGAACACCCUGGACCGAGUUAUCCACAAGAAACCUGUGCCUCUGUAUCACUACAAGACAAUCCCUGGUGGCAACUGGACCUGAAGAGUAUCUACCGAAUAACUGUGGUGUCUAUCAUCAGCAAUGGACGCUCAGAGGAGCUGGACGGUGCUGAGGUCCGUAUUGGCCUCCGGAGUGACACCAGCAACCAGAGGUGAUAUUAACAGGAACAAAAGAGUACUAACUUGCUGUAGUAGCUCUUAUACUCA